AGUCUGACCUAAUAUAAAUAAUAACCUUUCAAAAUAAACAAAUCUUUACAGAAAAUAAGUUAUUUUAAAUUUCAAAUGUUUUAAAUCGAGUAAAAUCCAUUUCAAUGGAUGUUACUACUAUAAUAUUUGGGUUAAUCACACCAAUCUGAGCAGAGAAAUGGAGGGUUCAAAAUCUGGAGGAAAUAAGAAAACGGUUUUAAAAAAUGUGGAGUGUAGUAACAGUGUUGUAGACGAAAUAGUGAUUGACAUAUUGGAAUCUAGUGUGGAACAAGAGGUUCAGAACGUCAUAAUGUCAACAGAACGCAGUCGGCCUAGUUGUCUGCUUAGAGCUGCUGCAAAGUCUGAACAAGAAGUUAACAUUGAGUUAGAAACUGCUGCAGAGCCUAUAGCGAAUAAUUCCGGUGAUGAUUCACUUGAGGAAUGUGUGCGCGUCCACGAAUGCAAUAUGCACAACUUUCAGGAACAAAGUGGUAGCUCUUUGCCUGUUCCAAAUGUUGUGUUUUCUGCCUGCUCUGUCAUCAAUCCUGAACUUUUUGAUGGUCUAGAGACCAUUAGCAGACCACCAUCUCACAAUGCGCCACCAGCUUACGCCCCAGAAAGGUGUCCUGUAACAAGUCCUGCGGUAGCCACCAUCAACUUACCUGAUGCCACCAUCAUUCAGACCCUACAAAGGCGAGAACCCCUCAUGGGUCCUCCACCCUCUUACUCCAAGAGCCUAUUGGAUCGAAGGAUCAACCCUUGUGCUUCCAUCCAGUUCGUAGCUCCUAUCCCCCCACCCAGCUAUGAUGGUACAGACAACGAACUCCGACAUCACAACUACUCUGGAUUCACUCUUGGACUGGGAAAUACAUGGCAGUCACAGCCUCAGCCUGCAUAUUGUCCAGCUUGUGAGACUGUCAUCAUAACACGAAUAGAAUUCCGAGUCUCACGCACAGCUCACAUCAUAGCAUUGGUUUUGCUACUCAUGUUAUGUUGGCCAUUCUGUCUGUUACCGUACUUCAUCAACUACUUCAACUACACUUUUCACUACUGCGCUCUAUGUCAUAGCUACUUGGGGGCACGGAGACCUUUUCAUCGUUCCUAAUAAAUCUGUACUAUAAGAGUAAAAA